UUAAGUUAAAAUGUUGAAUGCUUAAUUCGUUUUCCAAACAAUUGAAUUCGGGAUAUAUAUAUAGGCACACAUGCGCGCAACUGAGUUCGGGACGUCAUUUGCCAAUGAGCAACUGAGUUCAGCUUGAAUUCGCCAGGGUAUGAAAGAAAUAUGGAUCGGCUCAAUGGAUCUGCUCGCCUCAUGAUAGUUUCAGAUCUUGAUUGCACCAUGGUAGAUCAUGAUGAUCCAGGGAACCUCUCUCUUCUUAGGUUUAAUGCACUAUGGGAAGCAUAUUACCGUCAUGAUUCUCUAUUGGUGUUCUCCACUGGAAGAUCACUUACAAGCUACAAAAGAUUAAGGCGAAGGAAGCCACUAUUAACUCCAGAUAUAGUCAUAACUUCUGUGGGCACUGAGAUUGCUUAUGGUGAAUCAAUGGUGACAGAUAAUUUCUGGAAAGAAUGUUUGGAACAUAAGUGGGACAGGGACAUGGUUACAGAGGAAACAGCCAAGUUUCCAGAACUUAUUCCACAGUCUGAAACAGCACAACGGCCACGCAAAGUCAGUUUCUUUGUGGAGCCAGAUAAGGCUGUUGCUGUGAUGGAGGUUCUCUCUGAACGUCUAGAGAAACGCGGAUUAAAUGUGAAAUUGAUUUAUAGCAGUGGGACAGCUUUGGAUGUGUUACCAGAAGGUGCCGGCAAAGGACAGGCUCUGGCAUAUUUGCUUGAAAAGUUCAAAGCUGAUGGAAAGAUUCCUAUUAAUGUUCUUGUUUGUGGUGACUCUGGAAAUGAUGCAGAUCUAUUCACCAUUCCUGAAGCAUAUGGUGUGAUGGUCAGCAAUGCAAAGGAAGAAUUAUUGCAGUGGCAUGAAGAGAAUUUAAAAGAUAAUCCCAACAUAAUUCAUGCAACUGAGAGAUGUGGAGCUGGGAUAAUAGAAGCCAUUGGUAAAUUUAGUCUGGGUCCAAGUUUAUCUCCAAGGGAUAUUACUGACAUUUGGAAAUCUGAAAGAGAAAAUCUAAAUCCUGGUCACGAAGUGGUGAACUUUUAUUUGUUUUAUGAGAGAUGGCGCCGUGCAGAAGUUGAGAAGUCUGAGCAGUAUAUACAAAACUUAAAAUCAGUCUGUCAUCCAUCAGCUGCUUUUGUUCAUCCUUCUGGCAUUGAGCGACAUAUGCACCAGUGUAUAGAUAUCAUGUCAACAUUUCAUGGGGACAAGCAGGGAAAACAAUACUAUAUUUGGGUGGAUAGAAUCUCCAGUGCACCAAUUGGUUCAGACACAUGGCUUUUGAAGUUUGACAAGUGGGAGAUAUGUGGUGAAGAGCGCCGAUGCUGCCUGGCUACGCUGCUUGUCAGUUCAAUGGGGAAUUCACCUGGCAGGUUCACAUGGUUACACAUGCAGCAGACAUGGCUGGAUUGCUCCAUAGCAGAAGACCAAACAACAGGGAUUUUUUAGUUUUCUCACCAUGACACGGUGUAAUUAUCUAUGGCCUGGCAUCACCAGCGCAACAAAUUCUCCCUGAUUCUAUGUUACAUUUUCAGAAAAUUCAUUCUCUGAUUUGUAUCUUUGUUGGAUUGAGUAAUAUUGAAUUCUCAAAUUUAUUAAUUAAUUUCUGAACAAA